AUGCAUGGGCAAUUGUUAUGUUCUAUUAUGUUAUUAUCUAUGACAGUAAUUAAAUCAGAUGUAUCAUAUCUGCAUAACACACAUGAUAAUUCAAAAACUAUUUUCGAUUGUUUUUAUGCUUAUAUAAUUGAUGAUCGUGAUCCAAAUUAUAAACUUUUUUUUCGAACAAAUUAUUUAACACCUUAUUGUCGACGUCCAUUAUUAACUGAUCCUAUUAAUAAAAUACAAGGAUAUAUAGAAAAUACAUACACAUUUAAAAAUUUAAGUUUACAAGGAAUUACGAGUAAAGAUCUUCUUCAAUGGUCACUAUCAAUAGAUGUAAUUGAACAAUAUUCUAUAUAUCUCAUCAAGAAUAAUACCGAAUUUGAUGAAUUUAUUUUUAAUAAUUGUUCAUCAUUAUGGUUUGGUUCGAAUUGUCAAUAUACAUUUAAUUUAAGUAUGUCUAUUGAAUCAUUUGGGGAUUUUGUAAAAUCUUCAUUCAAAGCUCGUGAACAAUAUGAGGGAAAAAUUUUAAUACAUACUUGUUAUUCUCAUUUAUCUGGAUGUUAUCGUGGUCCUGAACCGAUGUGUUUAGAUUGGCGUGAAAUAUGCGAUGGAAAAAUUGAUUGUAUUGGAGAUAACUAUGGUAUCGAUGAAGAACGUUGUGAUGAACUUGAAAUAAACGAAUGUAAAAAAGAUGAAUAUCGAUGCCAUAAUGGAGCACAAUGUAUUCCAUUCGAAUUCUUUCGUGAUGGUCGAUCAAGUAAAGAUUGUUUGGAUGGAACAGAUGAAGCUGAAAUUUUUCAGACAUGGGUAUUUUUGAUUCCGCAACUACCUCCAAAAUGCAUCGAUUCAAUGUUAUUCGCUUGUGAAGAGAGAACAUGUCGUCAACCACAUGUAUUUUCAUGUGGCGAUGGAACUUGCGGAAUAUUUAAUGCUGCUUUCAAUCUUGUUACUGAUAACCAAGGUGCUUGUCUAGGUACAGGUCGUGCUGCCUACUAUCGUCAAGCAAUUUAUAAAUCCGCCAAACGAUAUCCGAAUGAUUGUUAUCUUUUAUUAUUCUGUAGACUCGGUUUUAAUAAUACUCUCCAAAAUGAUACAUACAAUAUAACAGAUUGUUCACGUGGGAAUUUGUCAUCGAAAAAUUGUACACUAGAAGAUCUUUCAUUUCCUCUUGAACCUAUUUUCAACGGUUAUUUUCAACCUUUUUAUUCAACUGAAAGCUUGAUCAAGUGUGAUAACGAUGAUAUAUGGCCAACAUACAUCUGUACUAAUCCACGAUUAUGUUUAUAUUUGCCAAAUACAACACAUCAUAUGAAUGAUUUAGAUUGUCGUCCACCUCCUAGAUUUCUCUACCACGAUUCGGAUCUGUCAUUUCGUUUAACAGAAAAUUCUGAAAUUUGUGCAUUGAUGGGAAAUAUUAAUAAACAUAAAUCAAAUCCAUCGUUAUUUUAUUGUGAAAAAUCUCAUAAAUAUAUAUCAAAACAUCGUCUCAUUGACGGUAUUCAGGAUUGUUAUUAUAAUGAAGAUGAACUUUAUAAAGAUAGUUGUUUAUUAAAUGAUACUCAACGUUUUAAUUGUACAUCAGAAACAAAAUGUUUAUCACCUAUAGGUAUCGGUCGUGAUCAACCUCAAUGCAAAAAUAAAGAAGAUUUAGAAAUUGACAAUCCAGAAAUGUUUGUAUAUAUACGUCUUUGUAAUCAUAUAUAUGAUUAUCCAGAAUUAGAACAAGAUAAUGAAAACGAUGAAACCAAUUGUGAAUGGUGGCCUUGUCACACUCCAUACACUCGAUGUGAUAAUGUUUUUCAAUGUGCUAAUGGUAUCGAUGAAUUGAAUUGUCCUAAUGUUAAUUGUAAUAUUAAUGAAUUUAAUUGUGAAAUUAUUAAUUCACCUCAUAAUUAUUAUUGUAUUCCUCAACAAUAUAUUUAUGAAAAACCAGUCGAUUGUAUUAAUCAUGAUUUUAGUGAUAAUAGUUUAUAUCGAAAUGUGUUUUAUUCAAAUAAUUUAACUUUUAAUAUUGAUAAAAAAUAUAUAUCAUGGAAAGAAAAGACUUGUUUAACAAAAAAUGAUAUUUGUGGUUAUUCAUCAACUAAUGAUCAACAAGUAAUAUGUAAUAUUGUUGAAAAAGAAGGCAUUCGUUUUAACUCUACAUUCUCAGUAGAUUUGUAUAAUAAUGGAACAUUAUGUUACAUAGCAAACCAUACUACUCGCUAUGGUCGUGUUCUUUAUUAUUUUUCUACAUGGAAUUUGGGAUAUUUUCCACCAAUAAUAAAUCAGAUAUCAUUAUCGUCUCAACAAUCUAUCAAUAUUAAGCCAAAAAAACCUCUCGAACUCAAAACUAGUAUUGAAUUAAUUGAACAUUGUAAUCGUGGAAUUGUUAUAUUUGAAGGAAAAACUUAUGAAAAGAAAUGUUUAUGUCCACCUAAUUAUUACGGUAAUCGAUGUCAAUGGCAAAAUCAACGUAUUAGUUUAACACUUCAGAUACGUACAGUAGGUUCACAUGAGAAUAAACAUUCUAUUUAUGAUAUAUUUAUUUAUUUGAUUGAUGAUGAAAAUGAAAUAAUACAUAAUUAUGAAGAAAUAAAUUAUAUUUCAUCAAUAGAUUGUAAUACUAAAUACAAUCGUUAUUUACUUUAUCCUGAUCAACCAAAAAAUCCUAAUCAUACAUAUUCGAUACGUAUUGGUAUUUAUGAAAAAUUAACAUUAGAUUAUUAUGGAAGUUGGAAUUUAUCUAUUCCAUUUCCAUUUUUACCAGUUAAUCGUAUAUCAACACUAAUUCGUAUUCCAUCGGAAAAAUUUCAACCAUUAACAAAGUGUUCAAUUCGAUGUGGAACACAUGGAAAAUGUUUUAAAUAUAUUAAUUCAACAAAAGAAUUAUGCCAUUGUGAUCAAGGUUAUUCAGGUCGUUAUUGUAAUAUAACAUAUCAACAUUCUUGUUCAUCGAAUUCAAUUGCGUUGAAUUCAUCAAUUUGUUUAUGCCCAUUAAAUAAAUUUGGUUCAAAAUGUUAUUUACAAUAUAGAUCUUGUCAAUCGAAUAAUAGUUCAUGUCAAAAUAAUGGUAAAUGUAUACCUUAUAAUAAUUAUAUAAAUCAUGAUGCUUUUAUUUGUUUAUGUCCUGAAAAUUUUACUGGAUCUUAUUGUGAAUAUCAAUCAAAUAAAAUUGUCAUUAAUUUUAAAAUCAAUUCAAUUCCAUUAUCAAUUUUUGCUCAUUAUAUUAUUUCAUAUGAUGAUAAAAAACAUGAAAGAAUAACAAUGUUUAAAAAAAUUCCAUUUGAUCAAUAUUCAAUUGAAUUAUUUUAUACAAUUCCAUUUAAUUUAUUAUUUAUUGAAUUUUCAAAUAAUUAUUAUCUUACCGUAUUAAGAGAAAAAUCAAUUCGAUCUGAAAUGAUUUCUACUAAUAUAAAUCAAGAUUAUAAAUGUGAAAAUAUAAAUAAACUUUUAAACUCAACAAUACUUAAUUAUAAAAAUCUUCGUCGGUUAAAAUAUUAUCAAUUACCAUGUAUAGAAAAUCUCAAAUUAAAAUGUUUUUAUGAUGAUAAAUAUAUGUGUGUUUGUGAUAAAGAUCGAUAUUCAAAUUGUUUUGAUUUUACUCAUAAUACGUCUUAUGAUUGUCAAGGUUAUAAUUAUUGUGAAAAUAAUGGCAGAUGUUUUCAAGAUAAUGUAACUUGUCCAUCAACUUCAGUAUGUAUAUGUGAGAAAUGUCAUUAUGGAAGUAAAUGUCAAUUAAAUAGCAUGGGUUUUAGUACAUCACUUGAUGUUAUAUUUGGAUAUCAUAUUAAACCACUUAUUUCACUUACAAAACAAUCCAAAGCAGUGAAAAUAACUGCAUCAAUAACAAUUUUAAUGUUAAUAUUUAGUAUUAUUAAUGGAUCACUAUCAAUAUUAACUUUUAAAAGUGAAUCUUUACUUAAAGUCGGUUGUGGAAUAUAUUUAUUAACAAAUUCAAUAAUAUCAAUAUUAACAAUAACUAUAUUUACAAUAAAAUAUUUUCAACUUGUUAUAUUUCAAAUGAAAUCUAUAACAAAUACAUCAUUUAUUAAUUUUAGUUGUAUAUUAACCGAUGUAUUAUUAAAAAUUCUUCUUAGUUUUGGUGAUUGGUUAAAUGUAUGUGUUGCUAUUGAAAGAACAUUAAAUGCUAUACAAGGAAUAUCUUUUAAUCAGUCAAAAAGUAGAUAUAUAGCUAAAUAUGUUAUCCCGAUAAUGUUAUUAUUAAUAAGUAUAUCGUAUAUUCAUGAUCCAAUAUCUCGUCGAAUAAUUCGUGAUUAUGAUGAUGAACAAAGAACAUGGUGUAUUCUUGAAUAUUCAACAAAUUUAAAAAAAUAUGAUAAAUUUAUAAAUAUAUUUCAUGUUUUAAUACCAUUUAUAAUUAAUAUCAUAUCUGCUAUAUGUAUUACUAUUCUAGUAUUUCAAAUGCGUUUAAAAACAAAGAAAAAAUCUACAUAUAAAAAACUUCUUCUUAUUCAAAUUCAACAAAAUAAACAUCUUCUCAUAUCACCAUGUAUUUUAAUAUUAUUAUCUAUUCCUCGUUUGAUUAUUUCAUUUCUUUCUGGAUGUAUGGAAUCAAUACGUAAUCCAUGGUUAUACUUAACUGGAUAUUAUAUUUCUUUUGUUCCACCAUUACUUAUUAUUAUAUUAUUUAUUUUACCUUCGAAAACAUACAAACAGGAAUUUAUGUCUAUUAUAGAAAAAAUAAAUUUUUUCUCAGAAUAA